UACUGGACUUUGGUUUCAAAUUUUAUUCUAACCAUUUGAAGAUCCAUCCAAAUAUAUCAGAAUACUAGAUUCCAUUUUAUUUCGUGUCCUGAAGAAACAAUGGGCAUUGCUAUUAUUACCUCAGAAAUGCUGCAAACUCUCCUCUCUUCCUUUUGCUUCAUCUUACUAGCUUUCUCCUCCGAAGUCCUUGGUGAAACUGAAACCCAGAAUAGUUGCCCAGAAUUGAAGUGUGUGGAUCAUGGCCCAGCUAUCAAAUUCCCUUUUAGCCUCAAAGGUAGCCACCACCCAGAUCAUUGUGGGUAUCCUGGGUUUCUUGUAUCCUGUAAUGAAAAGCAUGAAACCAUUCUUGAGCUGCCAUAUACUCCGUUCAAAUUCCCAAUCGAAAGCAUAGACUAUAAGAAUCAGACAAUCCAGCUAUAUGACCCGGAAAAUUGCUUGCUGGUGAAGCUAUUGAAAUCCCACGACAUGUCACUCUCUCCCUUCCGGUACCCAGAAGACCUAUUAGAUGAUAUUACCUUAUUCAAUUGUUCUCUAGGUGAAAGGGAAUUGGGAUACCCAAUCCCCUGCUUUAGGGGCCCUGGCUACCAAAUUUAUUUGUUUUCUUCUUAUCAUUACAUUGACGACUUACCCCUCCUGUCUUGUACAAAGAUGUAUAAUCUUUCAUCAAUUCCGUACAACUCGUUCGCGCCUAGAAACCGUUAUUUGAAAUGGUCUGAACCAGAUUGUGGACUAUGUGAAGCGCAGGGCAACAAAUGUGGAUUGAAGAACAAAGGAACCCAAAGUACUGAUAUUGAAUGCCUUAACAUGAGGAAAGGAGGUGGACAAACGAAGUCAGUAGCUACUGGUGCAUCUCUGGGCUCAUUUGUACUCGUCCUACUUGCUGCUGCAACUUAUUGUGUCUAUCGUUCUGACAGAAAAGAAAAGGAGAAUCAAUUAAAAAUUGAAAGAUUUUUAGACGAUUACAGAGCUCUCAAACCAAGCAGAUAUUCUUAUGCAGAUAUUAAGCGGAUUACAAAUCAGUUCAAUGAUAAUUUAGGCCAAGGAGCCUAUGGAACUGUUUAUAAGGGAAAGCUUUCUUCUGAAUGUUUUGUUGCUGUGAAAGUCCUCAAUACUAGUACCAAGGGGAAUGGGGAUGAGUUUGUCAAUGAGGUAGGAACAAUGGGUCAUAUCCACCAUGUCAAUGUGGUUCGCUUGGUUGGAUUCUGCGCGGAUGGAUGUAGACGAGCUCUUGUUUAUGAUUUCUUACCUAAUGGUUCGCUACAAGAUUUCAUUUCAUCAGCAGACAAUAACAAUUCUUUCCUUGGUUGGGAAAAGUUGCAAGAUAUUGCUUUAGGUAUAGCUAAAGGAAUUGAAUAUCUGCACCAAGGCUGCGAUCAAAGAAUCCUGCAUUUUGAUAUUAAACCUCAAAAUGUUUUGCUAGACCAUAACUUCAUCCCAAAGAUUUCUGAUUUUGGUUUGGCCAAGUUAUGUUCCAAGGACCAAAGUAUAGUGUCAAUGACUACAGCUAGAGGAACCAUGGGGUACAUUGCACCUGAAGUGUUCUCAAGAAACUUUGGAAAUGUAUCCUAUAAGUCAGAUGUGUAUAGUUAUGGAAUGGUUUUGCUGGAGUUGGUAGGAGGAAGAAAGAACAUCAGUUCAACAACAGAGAACAUAACUGAAGUUUACUACCCAGAAUGGAUCUAUAAUCUUUUAGAAGAAGGUGAAGACCUACGAAUCCAUGUUGAGGAAGAAGGAGAUACUGUAAUUGCAAGGAGACUUGCGAUUGUAGGGCUCUGGUGCAUCCAAUGGCAUCCAGUAGAUCGUCCUUCCAUGAAAGGGGUGGUUCAUAUGUUGGAAGGAGAAGAGAACUUAACCAUGCCGCCAAAUCCUUUUCCGUCUACAGGUCCUACAGGAACAAGUGCAAGUAUGCCUGCAAGAAUUAGAAACCUUCAACUAGAAGUAAUUGCUGAGUUAGAGUGAUACUGCAUAUGUAAUUAUGAACCCCGAAGGUCUUCCUAAUAGGGAUUGUUUAGGUAUUCCUAAUUUUUAAUUUCGUUAAUUUGUGUUCUUUUGAUUGAAAGUUAGCUGCGUUUUUUAUGCC